UGGUGGGAAAGUAAUAUUAUCCGUUCGAUUGUGAGAUUCUAUGGAUGUUACGAUACACCACCAACAAGGCGCCAGCUUUCGGUUCUGCAGAUACAUACAAUACAAAGUGCAUAAACGCGUGUUAGAGAAAAUGGCGAAAACAAUCACUCUUUUUGUUCUGCUAAUAUUGUUCCUUUCUGGUUUACACUACUCAUACGCUGAAGAACAAGAAGAAGAAGAAGAAAAUGCUUUCGAUGUUCGCAAACAUCUCUCCACUGUCUCCAGGUAUGGAGUUGUGAAAGACAUUACUGACAACAAAUUUAUUCCUUCUAAAAUUCCUGAAGAAUGUACUCCAAUACAUUUGAAUCUUGUGGCAAGGCAUGGAACUCGUUCUCCAACGAAGAAAAGGAUAAGAGAUUUGGAUAAUUUGUCGGCUCAUCUGGAAGUUCUUAUAAGGGAUGUGAAAGAUCGACAAUUGUCUUUGGAUAAAGUUCCUUCUUGGCUAAAUGGUUGGAAGUCUCCUUGGCAAGGAAGGCUUAGGGGUGGUGAGUUAAUUAGAAGAGGAGAGGAAGAAUUAUAUGAACUUGGAAUCAGGAUUAGAGAAAGAUUUCCAAGUUUGUUUGAUGAGGAUUAUCAUCCAGACACAUACCCUAUAAAGGCAACUCAGAUUCCCAGAGCAUCAGCUAGUGCUGUGGCAUUUGGAAUGGGUCUUUUCAGUGGCAAUGGGACUCUUGGACCUGGGCAUCACAGAGCUUUUUCUGUUACAAGUGAAAACCGUGCUAGCGACACCGUGCUGAGAUUUCAUGAUUGUUGUCGUAACUACAAGGAUUUUAGGAAAAGUCAGGAACCUGCAGUUGAUAAACUUAAGGAACCUAUCUUGGAUGAGAUUACAUCUGCGUUAGUUGGGCGUUAUGGGCUGAAUUUUACAAGGCAGAUUACAUCAUCUCUCUGGUUCUUAUGUAAACAGGAAGCAUCCUUGUUGGAUAUAACUGAUCAAGCAUGUAGUCUUUUCAGCCCAUCUGAGGUUACAUUGCUGGAGUGGACAGAUGACUUGGAAGCGUUUAUUCUGAAGGGUUAUGGUAAAUCAAUAAAUUAUAGAAUGGGGAAGCCAUUACUUGAAGAUGUUGUUCAAUCCAUGGAGCAAGCUAUUAAGGCUAAAGAAGAAAAACAUGUUCCUGGAAGCUUUGAAAAAGCAAGACUUCGGUUUGCUCAUGCAGAAACUGUAGUCCCAUUCUCGUGUCUGCUAGGUUUAUUUCUUGAAAAGUCUGAGUUUGACAAAAUUCAGAAAGAGAAACCUUUGGAGCUACCUCCAAAGCCUCCACAGAAAAGAAAAUGGCGGGGUAGCACUGUGGCUCCUUUUGCUGGUAACAACAUGCUGGUCCUAUAUAGCUGUCCUGCUCCAGACAAAGCUAGAAGCAAGCAUUUUGUGCAAGUGCUGCACAAUGAACACCCCAUUCCAAUGCCGGGUUGUCAUGGUUCUGAUUUCUGUCCAUUUGAAGUAUUCAAGGAAAAAAUAGUUGCACCUCAUCAGAAGCAUGACUAUGAUACCAUCUGUAAUGCAAAGCCAGAGCAGAAGCCUACGGGCAGCAAGAUAUUCCAAACGUUUCAAUGGCUUUCUUCACUAGGGAAAGGUGACAAGUACCCCAAAGAUGAAUUUUAGUUUGUUUUCUGGAAAGGAGACUGAGUUCAAUUCUCACGUUCGUUUUCCUUGGCGAUACCACUUUUUAACAAAUUUUCAGGCAUAAGCACCAUUUUCUUCUAGCUGAGGACCAAUUUUACAUCAAUUUCGCUGCCAGUACAAGAAUGCAUUUGAUAUUAAGCUUGGCACUUGAGCAGUCCUUGUUUGUUGUUUGAACUUGUAACACCAGAGAAUUUUAGAGAUGGAAAGUGUAGUUCUAAAUAUCAUUUUCCUUUUUUCCUUUAACAGUUCUCAGUACUCAACUAAUUCCACAGAUAGUGUAGGUUGUAGUUUCAUGUAUCACACAUUUGCUAUUUCCUUUGUACACUGCUGAACUCCAGUUUAUGUUUUUCCUUUUGGAAUAGUAGAUACUAAACCAGCAAGCAAUCUUAA